GUGACGUGUCGGUUUGCGGACCCACGGGGAGUCGCGGUGGAAAGGCGCGGCCCGCUGAUUCCCGUCAUGUGACAAGAAGCGGAAACUACGCUGAAAUAGGCCCUGGCUCCAGGUCCCAGUAACUCGGAAUGCGGAGCCGCUCGUCUCCGUCUUUUUUAAGAGUGCACUGGUACCAUCAUAGUUCACUGCUGCUUCAUACUCCUGGACUCAAGCAAUCCUCCCUCCUUGGUCUCCCAAAGUGCUGAGAUUACAGGUGUGAGCCACCUCCCUGGCCAUAAAGGAAUAUUUGGUGAAUUACUGACAAAUAGCUGAGGCAUGGGGAAAAAUAACCUGCCACAAUUUGAGAACACACACACAGACUGAAUGACACGGGGAAUCCUACAGCUGAGCUAGAGAGAUGAAGAUGCAUCUGGUUCAUUUAACAGGUGUGGAGCCCAGGACACCAGACAGAAGUCCACAUAACGUCUGACUCUUUCCAGCAUAAUCAGGGGGAAUGGCUAACUCCAUAUGUCCCCAGGCCUCACCUAGAAUCUAAUGGCUUCAAAGCAGAUAAAUCAUCCUGAAAGUCGCUGUUGUUCUCCUGCUGAGCAAGAAUGGAGGCCCCACUGGUGAGCCUGGAUGAAGAGUUUGAGGACCUUCGACCCUCCUGCUCCGAGGACCCGGAGGAGAAGCCCCAGUGUUUCUAUGGUUCAUCUCCCCACCAUCUCGAGGACCCCUCCCUCUCCGAGCUUGAGAAUUUUUCUUCCGAAAUAAUCAGCUUCAAGUCCAUGGAGGACCUCGUGAAUGAAUUUGACGAGAAGCUCAAUGUCUGCUUUCGGAACUACAACGCCAAGACCGAGAACCUAGCUCCCGUGAAGAACCAGUUACAGAUCCAAGAGGAGGAGGAGACCCUUCAGGACGAGGAGGUUUGGGAUGCUCUGACAGACAAUUACAUCCCUUCACUCUCAGAAGACUGGAGGGAUCCAAACAUCGAGGCUCUGAAUGGCAACUGCUCUGACGCUGAGAUCCAUGAGAAAGAAGAGGAAGAGUUCAAUGAGAAGAGUGAAAAUGAUUCUGGUAUCAACGAGGAGCCUCUGCUCACAGCAGAUCAGGUAAUUGAGGAGAUUGAGGAAAUGAUGCAGAACUCCCCAGACCCUGAGGAAGAAGAGGAGGUUCUGGAAGAAGAGGAUGGAGGAGAAACUUCCUCCCAGGCAGACUCGGUCCUCCUGCAGGAGAUGCAGGCGUUGACACAGACCUUCAACAACAACUGGUCCUACGAAGGGCUGAGGCACAUGUCUGGGUCUGAGCUGACCGAGCUGCUGGACCAGGUGGAGGGUGCCAUCCGCGACUUCUCGGAGGAGCUGGUGCAGCAGCUGGCCCGCCGGGACGAGCUGGAGUUUGAGAAGGAAGUGAAGAACUCCUUUAUCACGGUGCUUAUUGAGGUUCAGAACAAGCAGAAGGAGCAGCGAGAACUGAUGAAAAAGAGGCGGAAAGAGAAAGGGCUGAGCUUGCAGAGCAGCCGGAUAGAGAAGGGAAACCAGAUGCCUCUCAAGCGCUUCAGCAUGGAAGGCAUCUCCAACAUUCUGCAGAGUGGCAUCCGCCAGACCUUUGGCUCCUCAGGAACUGACAAACAGUAUCUGAACACAGUCAUUCCUUACGAGAAGAAAGCCUCUCCUCCCUCAGUGGAAGACCUGCAGAUGCUGACAAACAUUCUCUUUGCCAUGAAGGAGGAUAAUGAGAAGGUGCCUACUUUGCUAACGGACUACAUUUUAAAAGUGCUCUGCCCUACCUAACCUUGCCCUUUGGAGCAGCCUCGCUGCAGGAGGUCACUGAGCAAGAGUCAUUCCAUCACAGGGACUGCAUGACACCACGUAACCUCCGACAUGUAUUUAAACGUGUAUAGCUUAACCCGGAUUAAACAUGAGCAAGCGCGCGGGGUCCUUUGCCGUUGGCUUCUAGUGCUAGUAAUCAUUGGAUGCAUGAUGGGGCAGGGCCGGUGAUGGUGCCUCCUCCUUGCUGGUGUCAGGAGAGGGGAAGGCAGCUGCUUUCACCACUCAUUACGUAGUCUGGCUCCAGCCCUCAAAAACAGCUUAUACUCUACGACUAAUUUUGAAAUAAAACCUUCAUUUAAUUAA